AUGUCCGCCGAGGCCAAAAUCUCACUCAACAUCAGUGAGUGGGCGGAUUACAAAGCAGGCGACGAAUUUCCAGAUCCAAAGUAAGGUCCAAGUGAUUUGUAGUGUCGUUUUUAUAUAAUCCAUUUCUAAAUUCAUAAUUGCGCCUAUAGGAAAUUGGUCGUGGCCUUUGAUCGUCCCCUCCGCACUCCAUUCGGGUCUCAAGAGCAGUAUGUAGCCUUGUGGUACCGUCACGGGCAUCCGAUCAUGGGCCGAGUUUGGUCUUGCAAUGGUCGAAUCGCAGCUUCUUUUUCGGAUGGAGACAAAGAAUUCACAGGAAAGAGUGUGGGAUCUCUUCAGAUUUUGGUCAGACCUCCCAAAGAUCAAUCUGGCUUCGCAUAUUGCUGGAAGACUUUUGCGAGUGUUGCCAAGUAUGACAACAAAGAUUAUCAUCCGGUCCACAUCAACUUUGUUACUCCUUGUAUUCUGGUGACGCCGGAGGGAUACGAAAGUUUGGGUAGGUUACUGUCGCAUUACGUAUACCUGCUCUUGCAGGAGGUGCUAAUAUCAAGGAAGAAUACGCCCAAUCCACCGUGGCUGGUAAUGUUAUCCGAUAUGUGGGAAGAGAAUUGGAAAACUUCAACGUCCUUUGUCGCAAAAUAUGCCAUGACACGAUGCAGAUAUAA